GCAUCGUCUGCCACCGUCAUCCAUCCCACCAUGUUCGUUGCACGCAUUACUGCCGCUCGUCGCCUUCCUCAAGUUGUUCUAACACCAAAGAGGUUCAGUUCCAGCUACAAAGAAGGAAGUGUUGCUCAAUCCAAGGGGUUCAAGGAUAAGGAAAGUGCACAUGAGAACGAAUAUAUUCAUAAACAAGAACUUCUCAAGUUGAAGGCUAUGGUCGAGCAGCAGAAAGCUGAGCUCGAAAAACUGAAACAAGAGACUCAGGAUCUCAAGAACAAGAAGUAAAUUAAGUGGGGGAUACAGAACGUUCUAUUUGUGUACCCUUUUCCUUAGCAUCAUAAAAAUUUCAUGGCAUUCAACUAUUCAACUCUUCGAGGACCAGGCCUUGCACAGGCACAAUCGUAAAACUGCCGAGAGACCGUCAAUGAAUAUACAUUUCGUGUUUAUCUAUCUGACUGUACCUGGGCACAAUCGUAAAACUACCGACAGACUGUCAAUGUGACCAUCCUACAUAGCGUGCUCUAGACUCGUGUCGCUCUUGGCGCGUUGGAAUGCCACCUUCGGGAAACGUGCGGGGUCUGGCUCUCUCGGUCGCUUUGUCGCGCAAUAUGGGCUCACAUCGGUAAAAAGGGUAAACUCGACAUGAUUGAGAUUAUGGAAGCGGCGUUUUACAAAUACAUACAAGAUUGCAGCUUUCAAACGCGAGUAACUAAUCUAUUUUAACCAGAUUGUAGGUAUAAUUGGCAUGUUAUUAUAUGUAUGUGCUGCGGUGUAGUUUGACAUGGCUCGGCAAGGCCAAGACCAGGUGUGCGAGUUCGGGUUGGGGUGAAGGACUAGAAGUGAUGUCCAACCCUGUUCUCCAAGAAUGAAUGGAUAACAGUCCGUUUUAAUCGAAUAUUCAACCCGUCUACUCCUCUGGGAUGGACCUGAGAUGCUGAUGCCGCCUGGGUACGCGGGAGGGCGUCUGAGAUGGUUUCUGGGGUAGCGGGGUGGAGUAGAGGAUGUAUGGCUCGUCUUCAGGGAUCGAGGUGAGGUGGUAAGCUCGUGUCUCCAGUAUGCUAUGUCUGUUCCUGCGAUGGCCCUUUACAGAGGGAGAUGGGGCAACGCGUGGCCCGGGAGUGACUGUGUAAGUCGAUUGGGAUUUGAGCCAUGUUUGGACUUUGUGUUCACCAGUGCUCUGGUUUGCUAGAAACUGGCGGCGAGCGCGUCUCUGAGCGGGAGACUCGACAAAUGGUUGUUGUCGGGAUGAACUGGCGUAGGAGUGAGAGAGCAUGUUGUAGGAGGAGGCGCGGACAAGGGAACAAGA